AUGGCAGGUCUCGAUGCCGUCUCCGACCCUUCGAAGGUUUGCAUAAAGGGGAUGGACUUCCCCGAUCUUGAAGUAGGUCUCUAGUCCUUCAUCCCUUCAUAAAUCUCAUCGUGAAGUAGAUGCUCUGAAAUAUGUAGCAAUUGGCAAUGGCGAGUACGAUUGUGACGUUGCCUGUUCUAAUGUCUGUACUUCGUUUUGAGUAGAAUUGGGCUCAAUCACAUGGGUUCAGGUCUGGGCAGGCAUUAAUGCUCUGGAAACUCCUUUAUGGUAACAAUAUAUGGGCGAAUUCUCCUGACGAGUUGAAAGGUGUGGAUUUCUAUUUCUAUCCCAUGAUUUUAGAUAUUUUCCAUGAAUCACGAUGAUCUUUGCUAAAAAAUUCCCGUAUGAAAUGAAGAUGUCUCUCAGAUUAGAUAUACGCUGAUCUUGUUAUCUCUAUCUAGUUUAAAGAUGAAUCACAUUUCUAUGAGAAUUCGAUCAAGUUUUGCCUCUCAUUUCUGCUGCAAUCAUGAUUUCCGACUAAAGGACAACCCUGAGCUCUAGUACCAUGUUAAACUCGGAUGAAUCAGAUUCCUAUGAUCAUGGGUGCACUGGAACGCCCCAAUUAAGACGAUGCCUGUUGACUUCCUGCUAUCAAUUGUCAAAGUAUGUUCCUCUUUGAUGAAUUGGGUGUUUCCAUAGCUCCGGCAUGUUGGAUUGGAUCUUAUUGAAAUUAUGGAGAUAACUUUUUGGGGUUUCUUGGUAACUACUAACGCAUUCUUGUCCAUACAAUAUCGAUUGGCCACAAUAGACAUUUAUGCCCUAUAUGCAACUAAGAUAGAUCAGCUUAGAUGCCUACCCGAAGAUCAUUUCCUAGCCCUCCGGUUCUUACAUCAUGCUAGUCAUCUCCACAAGACGAUCACAUGUGAUGAGUCAGAUCACGGUGUGGUUAGAUCCUACGACUGAAGAAAGCCAGGGUUUCUUCCCCGUAGAGAUGGUCUCCUCUUCACUGGUUAUUAAAGUGUUGACGUUGACCAAUAUGUCUUCAUCACAUGGGGAAAGAAGAACGGUUUUUCUUGGGGAAUCCACUUAGUUUCUCCUUUGACCCCUUAGCAUAUGUGUCACACAGAUCCUGAGAAUGGUGCAAAACCAGUGGAAGCCCAUUUACUUACAUGUGCCAGUCGUCAUGUGUGGACAGGGCCAGUGAGGUGUCAACAGUUGAGAACGCGAGAAAUUCCCAUCAUUGGUGGAGGUAGGGGUGGAAAUUAUCAGCAGAAUGUUCCGGCAUACCAGAUUUAGCAUCCGCCAUUAUUGUGGCUUCUCUAUCCGACGGUUUAUUCAGUGAUGAUUCCGUAUGUUGCAGGUUUAAAUAAGGACUUCAAGAAGAUGGUCAGUGAGAACGUUGCUUUUAAGUCCCUGUCGCUGAAAAGUAUCUUCACUGCAUCAGAUGGAACUAGAAAGGUACCUCUCAGCUUCUUUUACUGUAUUCUCUCCCCUUCUCUCUCCCUCUCUCUCUCUCUCUCUCUCUCUCUCUCUCUCUCUCUCUGCACGUAUAUGUAUGAAUAGUACCUUCUAAAAUUAUUUUAAAUUUUUAAAUGAAAUCCUUACUGAUAAAAACAUUAGAUACUUGCAGAUAUUAUUCACAUUACAAGAUGGGUCGGUGAUAGAAACAGUUGUGAUUCCAUGCAGCGGGGGGAGGACGACUCUCUGUGUCUCAAGUCAAGUUGGAUGCGCCAUGAACUGCCAGUUCUGCUACACUGGCAGGUAAAAUCUCUCUACACAUCUAUCACCCUCCUUCAAUUGGAGUUAUUUUGUUGAUUUUUUGUGCUUUAAAACAACAAGAGAUUACUGGUUCAGGAUGGGCUUAAAACGGCAUUUGACAGCAGCUGAAAUAGUAGACCAAGCAGUCUUCGCUCAACGCUUGCUUUCAAGCGAGCUUGGAUCGAUCACGAAUGUUGUGUUCAUGGUGAGUGCAUAAAGAUCUUAUCCUUGGUGAGAAAAUUAUAAGUUUCUAGAGAAAAAAAUUUUAUAUGAUCAAAUUAAUCAGGAGUUUUGAAGAGCACACUUUUUUUUUUAAUUCUGUAGGAAAUAUGCAUCUGUUCUUUCCAUUAUUUGUUCUUUAGUGCUAUUUCUAUAUUACCCAAGAAAACUGAAGAGCACAGACCAGAGUUUUUUUUGAAAAAAAAAUAAUCCAUGUAUUAUUCACAAUUUUUGUUCUUUUUGCUAUUGCUAGAUUUCCUAGGAAUUACCCAGACCAUAUUUUAUUUUUAUUUUAUAAAAAUCCCAUCUUUAUUUUUUGGUGCUACUUUCAGAUUCAAUUUUUCUAUCAUGGAAUUACCCAAUAAGCCUAAAGAGCACAGGCCAGAGAUCUUUCUUUCUUUUUUCAGAAAUCCCCAUCUCUUCUGCCUAAUAUUUGUCCUUGGUGCCAUUUUUGUUGAUUAGGGCAUGGGAGAGCCACUCCACAACGUGGACAACGUCAUCAAAGCCGCUUCCAUAAUGGUUGACAAACAGGGCCUCCAGUUCAGCCCUCGCAAGGUCACUGUCUCCACCAGUGGUCUCGUCCCCCAGCUGAAGCGCUUCCUGCGGGAGUCAACCUGCGCCAUUGCAGUGAGCCUCAAUGCCACUACCGACGAGGUCAACCCCUCCCAAUAUCUCUUAAGAAUCCGCACAUUGCUCUCAUUUAAGGCAUGGCUAUCCUCUUGAGGGGGUUGACUCGUCGGAACUUUCCAGGUCCGGAACUGGAUCAUGCCGGUCAACAGGAAGUACAACCUGGCCUUGCUCCUUGGAACCCUCAGGGAGGAGCUCCGCCUCAAGCACAAGUACAAGGUGCUGUUCGAGUAUGUGAUGCUCGAUGGAGUCAACGACAGGUUUGUCCCAGGACACCUUGACCAUCCCCUUGGUUUCUUUCUGGUUGUAGAGGAUGAGAACUCCUAGGGGCGUUGACCCGCCAUGAGGGCCCAGAAACUGAACAUUGGCCAGGUCUGAAAUUUCUACUCUUAGGCUGGGAAACCAACCAGGGCAAAGAGAAAAUCUGCCAGGCCCAGUGGGGGUCAACGGGCCUGGCCAAUUUCCUGCUUCUGGGGUUUCACCCCUUUCCGGGUUUAAUAAGAAUGGUAAAUAUCAGCAGGCUGGUCCGAUUUUCUGCUUCCAGGCCUUUUUUCCCUUCUGAGUAUGACAAGACUGGUCAACGCAGCAGGCUGGGCCAAUUUUCUGCUUCCGGACUUCUUUUCCCUUCUGGGUAUAACACUUCUGGUCAACGCAACAGGCUGGACCAAUUUUCUGCUUCCGGGCUUUCUUUGCCCCCUAUGGGAUAAAUAAGACUGGAGGGUCAAGAUUAGAAUACUGGAUCGUUGACCAGAAACUGCACCGAAUCUUCUUCAAUUAUUCAUUUCAGCGCCAUUGUCGCUGCUUCCAUUCUUUACAGCUUAGAGGAUGCGGAGAGGCUGGUGGAGCUGGUGAGGGGGAUCCCCUGCAAGAUCAAUCUGAUCAAGUUCAACCCCCACCAGGGAUCGAUGUUCAGGCCGAGCCCGGAGGAGCGGAUGAUCGAGUUCCGCAAUGCCCUGGCAGCCGGCGGCUGUGUCGUCCUCCUCAGAUUCAGCAAAGGGGAUGACCAGAUGGCCGCCUGCGGCCAGCUGGGCAGGCCGGCGGAGCACCAGGUGCCGUUGCUUCGGGUUCCCUCGCAGUUCCGCGCCGCCAUGGAGAGAGAACAGGUGAGCCCAUCAUCUCCCUUUCCGGUGGAUUUCUGA